GCAGCUCCCUUGCUCCCUUCCCAUCACCAUCCCUGCAGUAGUGGGGAUGUAGUUUGCCGUCUCCUGGCAACCGGUAACCAGAGCGACCAUCUCCCUGUGCUCCUAGCCCUGUCUCUAUUUAUAUUGGAGCAAGAGGGGUGGGUGUGCAAGUGGGCGUGCAAUGGGGUUGCACGAGUUCAGGGGACAUGACAGAGCCGGCCUCUCCACCUCCCCUGCGGAUAAUGAGUGUACACAAGCUCUCCUCAGCACACGUGUGGCUGGCACAGAUGUGCACAAAAGCAGUUGCACACAUGACAUACUUACACGGAGCACAGUCAUGAACACAAGUGUUACGCCUGGUUCACGUAUCAUUUGCCUGGACAGCAUGUUUCACAGACCCCCUCACCUUAGUCACAGCCCUGUGGGACACACGUGGCUCUGGCACACCCCAGACGUGGCACAACACUGCUCACACCUCGCCCACUGCUCCUGCACACUUGUGCACACCUGUCCUGGCAGCUCCAGGCUGUCAAACAUCCACAGCAUGUAAACCGCUGCCUUUCCAUUCUCACAGACAUGAGUGUGUUAUCCACACCGAUGCUGGGUAUGGGCACACCGCCUACAUGCUCCGGUGUGUUAUCUGCACCUGGGUCUCACAGCAGCGGGGCUGGGGGGAGGGGGUGCAGGCUUACACCAGCCCUCAGCCACAGCGUCCUGCUCACCGGGCUGGAGCACCUGCUCACAUGCAUGGGGCCCAGUGGCGCUGGGUGUCUUUGGCGCAGCCGUGCUUGGGCAGCUUCACACACACGGCAUGUUCACCCGCCAUCUCGCACUCUUGCCCCCCUUUGCACUUCCUCCGUCCCUCCCCCAUGCGCUGUCAUCUGCUUCUGCAUGUUCACCUCCCGCAGGGCGGUGUCUCACAUGCUGACACUGGCAUUGCUGGGGGGGUACUUGGGCUCUGGGUCGCCCUGGAGACCCAUGGAGUCCUUGGCAACAGCUGCUGCUUUCUGGGUGUGGAUGUCUGGGGUUGCCAGGGAGACCACAUCCUUCCCAUGUGGGGCAGGGUUGCCCUGGGGGGUGGGAGGGCAGACAGGUUGUCCCCUAGUUCCUUUUGUGCCCUCAUGGUCGCCCCCCCAGUCCCCUGGCUGUGAGAUGCAUCCCUGGUGGCCACUGGAAUGUCCCCUGGGCCACCCCCCCUCACUGCCCCCCAGAACUGCAUGGGGGGACGGGGACCCCAAACCUAUGUGUCCCUGCCGCCCCCUGCUGCAGGGGCUGAGUCCUGCUCUGUGCGUGUGUGUGUCUGUCCCUGCUGCCCUCUGCUGGAGGGGAUGGGCCCCGUGCGCUCUGUGUGUGUGUGUGUGUGUGCAGUGCAUCUCACUUGCUGUGUGUGUUACUCUACAUUGUGGUGGUUGUGUGUGUGGUGGGCUGUCUCUUGCUGGCUGUGCAGCAUGUGGGGUUUUUUUCUGUACAGGGGGUGCAUGUUCUUAUUCUUCAGGUGUGCGGCUGCGUUGGUAACUGUCUUGCUCUCGUUGUGUCUCUGCUCUACGUGUCCGAGUGUGUUAAACUGCAGCUGUGCGUAGUGUGGUGUUCCAGUGAAUUGGCAUGCGUGUGUCUCUCUGUGUAUCUUGUCUCUUUUAUGGAGUGAAGGUGCGUGUGCAUGUCGCCUACUGUACAUUUGUGUCUCUCUCUGCGUGGGUAUGUCUCUGAUGUGUGUUUGUGGGGGGCUGUGUCUCUUGCUUGCAGCGUGGGUGUGUUCUGGGGUGCGUGUUUGUGCCCCCCCAGGAGCUCUCAGCCCAGGGCUGUGGGGGGGGGGUUGCUGAGCUCUCUCCGCCUCCUACCCCAUUGACCCAGGUGGGGGUGGGGGAGGAACAGCCUGCCCGGGGUGUGGGCAGAGGCCGUGUUGACUCACACUGGGCCUAGUAGCCUAUGUGGGGAGCGCGCAUGGGUCCCGGGUUGGCAGGUCCCCAGGACGUGGGGGCCAGGGCCUCUCUGGCAGGGCCGGCUCCUCCCCCUGCCCCUGGGUGUGGGGGGAGGUUAUCCCAAGAAUGCAGCUGGGCCCCUAGCGAGCAGCCGGCGGGAAGCCAGCGCGGAGCCAGCGCUCUGGGAGCAUGCGUCUGUGUGUGUGUUAUAGCAGCUGUGUGGGUCAGCCUGUGUGUGUCAGCAUAGCCAGAUGCAUCAGUGUCUGGGUGUGAGAGUGCAGGGUGUGUGUGUCUCCAAGCUGGUGUGUGAGUGGGUCAGCAUGCCCAGUUGUGUGGGUGAGAGAGAAAGCACGUGUCAGUGUCAACAUGCCCACGUGUGUGUGAGGAGUGUGUAGAUAUGCACAGCUCUGUGAGAAUGAAUGUGCACAGCUGGGUGUGAAAAGGUGCACACUGCUCUGUGCAUGUAAACACAGGUAUUGGUGUGAGAACAUGUGAGCAUUUCAUGCCCACCCAGGGCAUCAGUGGGAGGCCUGGGUGGGAGAGUGGUUGAAGUGCAGGCAAGUGUGGCUGGAGAGCACACACUGCUACGAGUGUGUCAGCUGCAGGAGUUUGGGGUGUGUGAAUGUUAGAAGUGCACAAGAGUGUCUGUGGAGCAUGAGUGAGCAUGUCAGACGUGCACACGAGCAUGAGUGAGUGCACGAGUGGGGUGUGGAUUGUGAGCUAGCGUGUUAAAUGUGCACAGGAGUGUGUGGUGAGUGUCAUGAGCGAGCGCACAAAUGGGGUGUGGAGCAUGAGCGUGUUAAACAUGGACAGAAGUGUGUGCGGUGAGUGUCAGGCAUGCGCACGAGGGUGGGUGGGGAGUGUGAGU